CGUCAUUCUUCCUUUUCAGGCUCCCGCUCCACUUUCGGCUGUCGAUCCUGUGGCCUUCACUCGGGGUAGCUAAUCGGUCUCCAUACUCCAAUUCUCCCCCGACUCGCUCACAUCGCCCAUAUCUCAAAAAUGCCUGCGGAUUAUACAUCCACAGCGCGGGCUCUCGCUGUCUCCCCGACGUCGCCAGAAGCUUUUUCUCCAUCGGACGAAGACAUCUUCCCGCCAUGGAGUCAACGAGCUUCCGCCCAGCGAAAUGCACCAGGCACCGCUGGCCGGAAACCAACAACCUUCCGUGAGCAGGCCAUCGACCGAGCAACUCAAAUGUCGCGGCGGAUAAGAACAGCAUGGCGGAAGAUGACUUUCUGGCAACGAGUCGGCGCAGUAGGUGCUUUUAUCUUGGCUAACAUGCUGGGACUGGCAUUCCUGUUCUUUACCGGAAAGGUGUUCAUUUGGAUCCGGCCCGUGGCAGCACAGUGGGAGAAGUCUCGUUUGGCCUUCUUCAUCCUUUGGCUAUGUGUCUUUUUCGUUUCUUUUCCUCCCUUGGUAGGAUGGUCAACAUUCGGAACAGUCUCCGGCUAUCUUUUUGGCGUAUGGAAAGGGUGGCUCCUCUACGCCUCUGCAACCGUGCUCGGCUCGACGGUUUCAUUCAUCGUCUCUCGCACAGUUCUGUCUAAGUUUGUGCAUCGGUUGAUUGAGCGCGACAAACGUUUUGCAGCCCUCUCGUUGACCUUAAAGUACGAUGGGUUGAAGCUGCUGUGCAUGAUCCGCCUAUGCCCACUUCCCUACUCAGUAUGUAAUGGAGCCGUAUCGACCUUUCCGACCGUUCAUCCAUUGAUGUAUGGACUCGCCACUGCAAUUGUCUCCCCGAAGCUACUCGUCCCCGCCUUUAUCGGCAGCAGGCUUCGUAUUCUUUCAGAAAACAAUGAAAAGAUGAGCGCUGGCUCGAAGGCGGUCAACAUUUGCAGUAUAAUUUUUACAAUUGCUAUUGGAGUCUUUACCGGACUGUAUAUAUACAAAAGGACUCUGGCUCGAGCCAAGGAAUUGGAGGCCAAAGAACGUGAGGAUAUUCGACGGACUUUGCAGGCGGACCACGCCGCUCAUCGCUCACAUCAGGCCUUUUCGGAGGACCCGGAUGUCGAUAGGGCCGCCCGAACUCUUGCCCGCGAUGAGGAGGAACAGAUCGGGUUCACGGACUUGGAUGAUGAUCACGUGGAAUUGGCCAUCGAUGACGAGAGUGGGAGCGAGAACUUGAGCGGCCACGGCAAGUCGGCGCGCUAUCGGGACGAGUUCACUGACAAUGAUUCGGAUGCCUUCCGGGAUGAAGACGGUGCGCAUGAGGAGACUUAUACCUUGCAUACCCAUGUGCGCCGAGACUGAAGCUUCUAGGACCGCCGGAUCCCGACAAAGACCACACUUCAUAUACAUCAGACCCUUGUUCUUGAUUAGAGUUUUCUCCUAC